GGCGCUGUGGUUUAAAUUCAUCCCUUCCUCCAGCCGGUCUCCUCCAGAAAACAUGGCGGAGGUCAGGCACUGUGUGGGAAAGGGAGCGUUUGAAUUUGGACUUAAAAUGUCUAAACCCCAACUUCUGCAGAACCGAAUCCGACUGGGAACAAAGGCGGUACACCCUGGCUCUCUGUCGGCUGGGUUUCCGUUUGAUGACAAUGAAAACUGUGAGCGGAACCGAGCUGGAAGAGAGCGGGAGCGGGACGGCUGUACAAAGGUGAGCCCGCUGCCGGGUGGAGAAACCGGUCCGGAGAAGCGAGACACGCCUAAAAAGCGCUGCUUUCUGGGACAUAAGAAUGAUUUAUGUUCAAAUGGGACUCUGAUAGACUUCACUAAGCRGAAUGUUCCUCCGUAUCGGAGGUGUGAGAAGCUGUGGAGGACUUGGUUCCUCUUUCCCCCACGCCGGACUCUGCAUCUGGACCCUGRAUCUCCUCCGUUUGUUUUCAUCAGGAGCUACAGCGGAAACGGGUCUAGAUCUGAGCCGCUGUACAAAACCAAAACCGGCUACUACGAUGUCCUAGAAGUCCCAGCCACCGCCACCAAAGCCCAGAUCAAAACCGCCUACUACAAGCAGUCCUUCGCCUACCAUCCGGACCGGAACCCCGGCAGCGCGGAGGCCACCGACCGCUUCUCGGAGAUCAGCGAGGCCUACACGGUGCUGGGCGACAAGGUCCUCCGGAAGAAGUACGACCUGGGGCUCCUGAGCCCGUCGGACCUCAGCGGCAGAGCCAAACCCUCCACCGGGGUCUUCACGGGGGGCUCAGCCGAGCAGCAGCCCGGGAGCAGGCGGUCAGUGUCGGGCGCAGAGUUGAGAGACAGGCAGUAUGACUUCGAUGAGUUCUACAAGGCCCACUACGGAGAGCAGCUGAGGAGGCAGAGAGACGUCCGGCUCCGGAGGGAGGAGAGGCUGAAGAGGCAGGACGACUCCAUAGACACCAAAUUYGCCAACAUGAUGGAGUUCGGAGUUGGGCUGAUGGUGCUGCUGGCCGUGGGGAUUAUAAUUAGCAUAGGGAAGUGAGGAAAGUUUGGUGGAUGGACGAGGGAAUGAGCAGCACCACACGGAGGCAUAAACUCCAUGUAUAUUUGAUUUAUUUCUUCCUAUUUCUGUUUAAUUUGGUUUAUUUGAACUAUAUAAAACGUGACAGAAUGUGAAGCCUGAUCAAACCAAAACAAUUUUAGGUACAUAACCAGGUUUCCUUGCAUUAGAGUUGAUAAACGAUUAAAACUCGUCAGGGUGAAAGUGGAUACAGGAAGUUCUGUGGAGGAAGGAUUCAGAACUAUUUUCUACUCAAGUUUGUCUUUCACAAAURCAAAACAACAAAGAUAUUAGCUGAUGUGGAAAUAUUAAUUUAUCUCCACAUUUAUUUAGUUCAUAAAAUGUUUGUCAUUGUAAUUCGAUUUGUUAUUUUGCACAUUGGUGGAAAAAAUGUUGGAUUCGGGAACAUCAUGUUUUUCACCUCAUGGAUAUUUAAAUCUGUUUAACUCUGGGAAGUUUGGUGGUUGGGAUCCUGAUUUCUCUCUCUGCUCAAGAAAUUUCACAGCCACUGGAUAUUUUAUUUCAACUGAUUUUGACUUUUAUAAAGUCGUGUAUCCUUCAGGCUUGUACAUUUGAUUAAGUAUUUAUGAAACGGAUAAAGCAUUGUAAGCACUUUAAACACUGAUCCAGGAUCAGGUUGUCAUUCUAAGGGAAGUGCCUUUUAUGUUUACUGUAAAUGUUGAACGUUAUUUUGUUCCAGAGAUUAAAAAUAAACGUCUUUUCCUGCCUCUCCUAACCAACAGUUUA